AUGAUGAGUGACAUGACAAUCACAGUGAAGGUGCCCAGGGAAGACAGGACUGUGUGGAAGUCCAACUACUUCACAAAAAUCGUCCAACUCCUGGAUGACUACCCAAAAUGUUUCAUCUUGGGCGCUGACAACGUCGGCUCCAAGCAGAUGCUAACCAUCCAUCUGUCUCUGCACGGGAAGGCAGUUGUGUUGAUGGGGAAGAACACCAUGAUGCUCAAGGCUAUCCGUGGACAUCUGGAGAACAACCCAUCCCUUGAGAAGCUGCUGAAUCACAUCCGUGGUAAUGUCGGCUUCAUCUUCACCAAGGAGGAUCUGACUGAGGUCCGGGACAUGUUGCUGGCCAAUAAGGUGCCAGCUGCUGCCCGUGCCAGUGCCAUGGCUCCCUGCGAGGUCACUAUGCCCGCCCAAAACACCAGCUUUGAAAAACGGAAUUCAGCAAGCGAUCGUGCAAGGUAG